GUGGCGAGUUCAGGUCAGUGUGCAAAUGUCAGACGAAUCCGGGAACUGUUCCACUAAUCGUUAGCUGUUAAAAAAAUAUUUUUAGUAUUUAGUAUUAAUCCAACAAUUAUAUGUGGUCAGAAAAGUUCUUAGUUCCUGCAAUGUUACUGAAAACGAUACGUUAAAUAAAGCGAAGUGGAAGCAAAAGUCUUGGAAGGUAGAUCCCACCAUCAGAUGGGAAUAAUAAAUGCACAGGAGAGGGAGAGAGAGAGAGAGAGAGAGAAGUCAAUAACACAUAAAUCACAUCUUUCACGGCUAUGGUGGCGGCAGCAUCAGCUGGCCAUAUCUUCAACCAACCACAGGCCGAGCACUACGCAAAUGCUGCCGAUAUCUACCAAUCGGCGGUUGAAUACCAACAGCCUGGUGUGCAAGCCGGACAUUCAUACUCCGCGCACGAUUUGGCCUAUCAGAGACCCUCAGCUGAGAAAACGGCUAAGACUUUAGCCUAUCAUUCGGAAAAUAAUGGUCACAGCUACCAUUACGCCUAUGAAACUGAUAACGGUAUCAAAGCCCAAGAAGUAGGCCACGUCGGCAAAGGCACCCAGGCUGAAGGCGCCUACUCCUAUACCGGAGAUGAUGGCCACACCUACACAGUAAAGUACACUGCUGAUGAAAACGGCUUCCAGGCCUACGGCGAUCAUCUGCCCACCUCCCCGCCAAUUCCUGAAGCGAUCUUAAAAUCUUUGGAAGAAAAUGCGAAGGCUGAAGCCAAUGGCAUUUAUGAUGAUGGUCACUACCAUGAACAACAACCAGGUCACUACCAUGAACAACAACAACAGACUGAAAGCUACCAUGAUGGUGGCGUUCAGUACCACGAACAGCAACUCCAAAGCUACAACAAUGCCGUUCAUGCCGCAACUGACUCCGGCUACCAUCAUUAAUAAUUAAUUGUUGUUGAAACUGUUGAUUUCUAGCUUUUGUUAUUCUGUUAAACUUUUAGUUAUUUGUUGUUAGUUGAAGCCAAUUUGUUAUUGUUGUUUUGUUUUGUUGUUUCAAUAAUUAGUUCCUA